CACUCAUUGGCUGAGAAGCUGCAAUCAUGAACGCUAAGGUCUUCAUCCUUCUUGGUCUUGCUGCCGUCGUUGCUGCAGACAGCCCCGAGGUCUUCGCUUACGGACCUCCUAGGGCUUCUUCCGAAGAGUCAUUCGAGUCGUACGAGUCAGGAGAAGCCAAGUACGACUUCAAUUAUGCCGUUCAGCACGAAGACUCCGGCAACGACUUCGGACACCAGGAAGCCCGUGACGGCGAACACACUCAGGGAUCCUACUACGUGAGGCUUCCCGACACCCGUCUGCAGAACGUCAAGUACUUCGUGGACGGCGACGACGGCUACGUGGCCGAGGUCAACUACGAGGGCGAGGCUCGUUUCCCCGACUCGUAUGAGUCUGCCUCCUUCGAGUCUGCUUCCUUCGAGUCCCUGGAGGACAGGCCACCAAGGCCAGUCUACUCCUAUGAUUCCGACGAGUCUAAGUAAAUUUUUGAACCAUGUUAAGAUUUUUGAAGGUAGACAUGGAAAUGCAAUCUAUCAUUUGUAUUUAAUGCUUAUUUAUUUGUAAAUCUAAAGACAAUAAAGAGCAGUUUUGAACAUGAAAAACAAAAA